UGCCUGCCCGCGCCCGAGCGCCAGCUCAGCGUGCCCCUGCCCGGCGGCGCCAACGGCGACGUGCAGCAAGUUGGCGUGAUCAGGUGUCCAAUAUGCCGCCAAGAAUGCAGACAAAUUGACCUUGUGGACAACUACUUUGUGAAGGACACAUCAGAAGCACCGAGUAGCUCUGAUGAAAAGUCAGAACAGGUGUGUACCAGUUGUGAAGAUAAUUCUAGUGCUGUUGGUUUUUGUGUGGAGUGUGGGGAAUGGCUGUGCAAGACGUGCAUAGAAGCUCAUCAGCGAGUAAAAUUUACGAAAGAUCAUAUGAUCAGAAAGAAAGAGGAUGUCUCUUCAGAGGCCGUGGGAGCAUCCGGUCAGCGUCCUGUUUUCUGUCCUGUCCACAAACAAGAACAGUUAAAACUUUUCUGUGAAACAUGUGACAGACUGACAUGCAGAGACUGUCAGUUAUUGGAACACAAAGAACACAGGUAUCAGUUUUUGGAAGAAGCAUUUCAGAAUCAGAAAGGUGCAAUUGAGAAUCUGCUAGCCAAACUUCUUGAAAAGAAGAAUUAUGUUAAUUUUGCAGCUACUCAAGUCCAGAAUAGGAUAAAAGAAGUAAAUGAAACUAAUAAACGAGUAGAACAAGAAAUCAAAGUGGCCAUUUUCACCCUCAUCAAUGAGAUCAAUAAAAAGGGAAAAUCUCUCUUACAGCAGCUUGAGAAUGUGACAAAGGAGAGACAGAUGAAGUUAAUACAGCAGCAGAAUGACAUAACUGGUCUUUCACGGCAGGUGAAGCAUGUGAUGAACUUUACUAAUUGGGCCAUUGCAAGUGGCAGUAGCACUGCACUACUCUACAGCAAGCGACUGAUUACAUUCCAGUUGCGCCAUAUUUUAAAGGCACGUUGUGAUCCUGUCCCGGCUGCCAACGGAGCAAUACGCUUCCAUUGUGACCCCACAUUCUGGGCAAAGAACGUUGUCAAUUUAGGUAAUCUUGUUAUUGAAAAUAAACCAUCUCCUGGUUACACUCCAAAUGUGGUCGUUGGACAGGCUCCUCCAGGAACAAAUCACAUCAACAAAGCCCCAGGACAAAUUAAUCUAGCACAGCUUCGGCUUCAGCAUAUGCAGCAGCAGGUGUAUGCACAAAAACAUCAGCAGUUGCAACAAAUGAGAAUGGGACAACCAGCUGGCCCAGUCCCUAGGCAGACAGGCCCUCAAAUGUUACAGCAACAGCCUCCCAGGUUGAUCAGCAUGCAGACCAUGCAGAGGGGGAACAUGAACUGCGGGGCUUUCCAAGCGCACCAGAUGAGAAUGGCUCAGAACGCUGCACGCAUACCGGGAAUACCGCGCCACAAUGGACCACAGUACUCCAUGAUGCAGCCUCAUCUUCAAAGACAACAUUCUAAUCCAGGGCAUGCAGGACCUUUUCCAGUUGUUUCAGUGCACAACAACACUAUCAAUCCAACCAGUCCUACAACAGCUACAAUGGCAAAUGCAAACCGUGGUCCAACAAGUCCAUCUGUUACAGCAAUAGAACUCAUUCCUUCAGUGACAAAUCCAGAGAAUCUCCCUUCCCUGCCAGAUAUCCCACCCAUUCAGCUGGAAGAUGCUGGAUCAAGUAGCUUGGAUAACCUACUCAGCAGGUACAUCUCAGGCAGUCACCUACCCCCUCAGCCAACAAGCACCAUGAACCCUUCCCCGGGGCCCUCAGCCCUGUCUCCAGGAUCGUCAGGUUUAUCCAAUUCCCACACCCCAGUGAGGCCACCUAGCACCUCUAGCACAGGCAGCAGGGGGAGCUGUGGUUCAUCAGGCAGAACUGCUGAGAAGACGGGCAUUAAUUUCAAGUCUGACCAGGUGAAAGUCAAGCAGGAGCCUGGGACAGAGGAAGAGAUAUGUAGUUUCUCAGGAGCAGUGAAGCAAGAAAAAACAGAGGAUGGCAGAAGAAGCGCGUGCAUGCUUAGCAGUCCCGAGAGCAGCUUGACACCACCUCUGUCUGCAAACUUGCAUCUGGAAAGCGAGUUGGAAGCUUUGGGGAGUCUUGAAAAUCAUGUAAAAGCUGAACCAGCAGAUUUAAGUGAAAGCUGCAAGCAAUCUGGGCACAGUCUGGUAAACGGGAAAUCUCCAGUAAGAAGUCUAAUGCAUCGAUCAGCACGAGUGGGAGAAGGCAACAACAAGGAGGAUGAUCCAAAUGAAGAUUGGUGUGCUGUAUGCCAAAAUGGAGGGGAUCUCUUAUGUUGCGAAAAGUGCCCAAAGGUGUUUCACCUCACUUGUCACGUACCGACACUUCUCAGCUUCCCCAGUGGGGAGUGGAUAUGUACGUUCUGCAGAGAUCUAAGCAAACCUGAAGUAGAAUAUGAUUGUGACAAUUUGCAACAUAGUAAGAAGGGGAAAACAGCACAAGGCUUAAGUCCGGUGGACCAAAGGAAAUGUGAACGUCUCCUGCUUUACUUAUAUUGCCAUGAGCUGAGCAUUGAAUUCCAAGAGCCAGUCCCCGCCUCGAUACCAAACUACUAUAAAAUUAUAAAGAAACCAAUGGAUUUAUCAACGGUGAAAAAGAAGCUGCAGAAGAAACAUUCCCAACACUACCAAACUCCCGAGGAUUUUGUGGCAGAUGUCCGGCUGAUCUUCAAGAACUGUGAAAGGUUUAACGAAAUGAUGAAAGUUGUUCAAGUUUAUGCAGAAACACAAGAGAUUAAUUUGAAGGCUGAUUCAGAAGUAGCACAGGCAGGGAAGGCAGUUGCAUUGUACUUUGAAGAUAAACUUACAGAGAUCUACCCAGACAGGACCUUCCAACCUUUGCCUGAGUUUGAACAGGAAGAGGACGAUGGUGAAAUAACUGAGGACUCCGAUGAAGAUUUUAUACAGCCACGUAGAAAACGUCUAAAAUCAGAUGAGAGACCAGUGCAUAUAAAGUAAUCUGAUAAUAUGGACCUAAACUUAUUGUAAAAACUGUUAUUUAAGUGUUCCCGGAAUAAUAUCAUGCCUACAGUGGCCAUCUUGAAGAAGCUGGUAGCUUUUAGACAGUAUUAGAUUACAAAGCAACAUUUGUACAGAAAAACAUUCUUGUCAACAUGGGGAAAACCUGUAUUGUAUUUUUGGGGGAUUUUUUUUUUUUGGUUUUUGGAUUACUUGGAAUUUCCUUUUCUUUUCCUGAUGAUGAUUCUCUCUCGGCCUGUUCUCACAGAUAGAGGUGCGUGAAUGUUGAGAAAGAUGCAGACUUGAUAAGGCACUCCUUGUACAGAUAAGUGGACUGUUGCACUGCUUAAUAAAUUUUCUGCAAGACUGGACCAGUAUGGUUACUCUCACGCUGGACUGCAGUCUAAACUGUAAGAAGUGUGGCCAGCAAUCCCCCCCUUGUGUGAAAUGGAGUGCGAAUUAGAUCAUUUAUUUGAUCAACUUCUCAUUUAAAUGGUAUUGUGAGUAACUGACCUUCUGUGUUGAUCCAGAUAUCUAGAGUACGCCUUCUUUCCAGCAUUUUAUGUACAGAAACAUCACAAAAGAUCAUUAAACCAUUCUGACUUGGCAAGUGCAGCAGUGUGAAUUCUUAAUACGUACAGGACUAGGUCUGGCUGUAACCGUUGCUUCUCGGUAGGGUCCGUUUAUAAGUAUUAAUGGAGUCCAACGUAUGGACCAUGUACACAUACGUCUUUUUUGGAAUUCGUAGGAUUUUUUGUCUCUUCCUAAUCCCCCUGAGAGGCAGAAUGUAUUCAAUAUUUGUUACCUAGAUUUCUGUACUUACAAAUUUAGACUGAGAAGGUAAUAACUGGUGGUUUUCCAGUCUUCCUAAAUAUCAGUUUCUGAGAGACCACUAUUGGCAAACAAUAACCUGUUGACUACCAAAUGUGUAAAAUUUCCUGUAUUCACUUUGUCUUAUUUGUAAAUAGUGGAUUGAAAAUUCCUGCAGAUCAGCAACAUUUGUUGAGCUGUUUUUAAGCUAAUGUGUAUUCUUACUAAUUGUUCCUAUCAAGAACAGAUUUGUAAUAUAUGCUAUUUCUAACAUUGCAUUCAUAUGGAGGUUCUAUCUUAUUUUUAUUAGAGAACUACUCAAAACUUUCUUCGGAAGCAGCUUAUGAGUGAAAUGUCUAGAAAGAUUGGAAGAAACCUGUUGGGACUGGGUUACUUACCCUCCAUGACAUGGAGUUACUUGCACAGACCACAAUUUGAAAUAGAGCGGCUUCUGGUCAGAUGUUGAAAACAGAUCAGUCCCCAGCCAAACUCCGUAUGAAGUGGGCAUCUCUGCAAUGCCUUUCCACAGCACACUGCCUUGUUUGCAGCAUUUGUGGGUAGAGAUGCCUUCUUGACAAAGUAGUUAAACUUUGGACAGCUAGGUUUCCUCCUCUUACUGGCCUGCUCUUUAAGGACUAGCACCGAGAAGUGGAAUUUCUAGCCCUUGUACAGUCUUCUGUUGGAACAAGAUGAAAAAGUCCUGUGUAAAGAGACAAGAUCAAGGUGCCCAAAAUGCAGAUUUGCCAUGACAUUUUGUGUGAAUGAAACAUGAAUGUGGCAAAUCGUCAAGGGUUCUUGGGUUUUUUUUCAUUUUUUCUUUUCAGCAUGAGAAACUAUUCAUAGCAUAUAAAGAAAGAUUUGACUUAACCAUAUGAUAGAGGUAAAUAUUUUAGCACAAAAUCUAUUGAAUCAACAAAUGAUGCUCUUAAGAAAUCUUUAUGCAAAUCACUUAGGUUAAUUUUGUUUUUAUACAGUCCAAAUAUGACUGCAUACAGCAUGUGACUAAAUCCUUUCUUAAACCACAGAAAGGGAUUGAAGGUGUGCUUACCGCUUUGGCUCACUUCCUUAGGUUACCUUAAACAUUGCACUUAAAGGAUCAAACAGAAUUUUGAUUUUGUCUUUACUUUCAAGUGGUAAUGUUUUUCCAAAGGAUUUUGUCCAGUAAAUUUUAAUCAUAAAUAGUUUGCAUCCAAAUCAAAAAGAAUGGCUAAUUUGAAAACAUGCCAGUGUCUGUUCUUAGAGAAGCAUGAGUGGGGUGAAUGGGAAGUUCUGAUCUGUAAGUAAAAUUGGAUUAUUUAAUGACUGUACACUCGUGACCUGUUCAUGCAUUUCUAGAUUCUCUCUUUAACUUUGCCAAUUUGAGCGGAAUUUGUACUAUUAAAAAUACAGUGGGCAAGAUUGAGUUCUCUUCAGUUGGGCUUGCUAGUUUUUAUGGCACGUGUAAGCUCUCUAAUUUCUGCAGAUGUUGUUUUAAAAUGUUAAGACUUGUCCUGCCCAGGCUGAUUCUGCUCCCCUGUAACAGGUAGGAAAUUCACUCUGGUCGAGGCAUUUUGUAAACUUGUAAACUAGCCUUUAUUCCAUUAGUGAGUCUGAAACCCCAGCUGUGAUCCUGGUUACAGGUGAGGCUUUUUUCUUGCACAUUACCCCGAAAACUUCCUUUCUUGUCUUCAGAAUACAAUAAAGAUUACCACUUACGUGAAAUCUCAAGGCGCGUGCAAGAAAUCUGAAGUGUUUCCCUUAACAUCUGUGUACAAAGAAAUGAGUGAGACUAGUGUGUCCAAGUGGAUUUUCAUUGUUGUUCGGUUGGUUGUUCCCUUUUGGAAAUCCAAAUCUGAUAAUCCGGUAGCUGUUCAUAGUUAGCUAGGGUCCAUCCAAGCAAGAUCCUAAAAGAUGUUUCAACUACAUUGAUGUGCUGCUUUCCCCCUUAGACCAUGGACGUAAAUCGAUCUUAGGAACUGGUCGGUUUGCUCAGCCAAAACAGCUUUUGUGCCAUGUUGCAUCUAUUUGACUCAAUAGCAAAGUAAUUGUUUUUGUAUCAGUGGCGUGACGCGUUGGUUGCAGCGGCUUCUGGCUGGCAAUUGGUAACAGUUGAGGGAUGUUGGGAUGGAAAACGUGCCGUAUGGCAGGGGAGAGCCUUGUUGCAGAGGGCAGGCAUGUCACAUGGUUUCUCUGCACAGCUGCCAUGUCCCAGCGUGAUAGCAAGAAGUUAAGUCUGGUGCUUGAUGCAAUUAAAUGCUUUGAUUUGAAACUCUCUUGUUAA